AAAGGAUCGAAAAGAGAUUACUACAGAGAGUGCUUCUUCUCCCAAUUCCAGCGACGAUCCCCGCCGCCGGGGCGAUAGUUCGAAGCAUCAAUAAAUUAAAUUCGCCGAAUUAUUUACAGUAGCUGCCGAAUAAAACGAUUCUGCGAAUGCCCAUCUCCCGAUAAAAUGGUGACACCGUUUAUAGCAGGGAUGACAUUAGCUGCUGCUGCUCUUGCUGGUAGAUACAGUAUCCAAGCAUGGCAGGCUUACAAGGCACGGCCGAUUGUUCCUCGGAUGCGCAGAUUUUAUGAAGGAGGAUUUCAAAGUACUAUGACGAGAAGAGAAGCUGCUCUCAUUCUCGGUGUUCGGGAGAGCGUCCCUGCCGAUAAAGUUAAAGAAGCACACAAGAAGGUGAUGGUGGCUAAUCAUCCAGAUGCAGGAGGCAGCGAUUACUUAGCUUCGAAGAUUAACGAAGCCAAGGACAUUAUGCUUGGAAAGACCAAAGGUGGAGGCUCUGCCUUCUAAGUUCUAACUCAUUGUUAUGUAUCGUUGCUUAAAAUUUUGGAGUAAGCACCAAUUAUUUGCAUCUGGUUGAAGUUUCUUACUUACGUGCACAAGCAAUGUUGAAACUGAUUAGUGUUAUUUCUUUCGAGGGAGACGUGACACAGUUUUAUCGACGACAAUGGUAAUGAGAGAACCAUUUUGAUUUUUU